CCCGGCCAAGCUGGCCCGGCCCGGCGCCGCGUGGAACGGCCGGUGGCUGCGAUCGAGGGAUGUGAUCAUUCCCCUCUAUUCGACAUUGGUGAGGCCUCAUCUGGAGUACUGUGUCCAGUUUUGGGCCCCACACUACAGGAAGAAUGUGGAAAAAUUGGAAAGAGUCCAGCGGAGGGCAACAAAAAUGAUUAGGGGACUGGAGCACACGAUUUAUGAGCUGUAGUGGGCUGGUAACUCACACUUGAUGGAUCCCAGACCCGCUCAGAGCUGAGGCGCUCAGGUGACCUUUGAAGUCAAGGAUCUUGGAGCAGCGUUUCCUCCCCUAGCAUGGGGCUUUCAUUCCUGGUUUGCCUCUCCCUGGGGUUCAUGCUUACUGGAGUUUCUUUCAGUACUUGGCAGUGCCCGCGGAUUCCCUAUAGUGCUACCAGGGACUUCACUGUCAAGUAUGAUCUGCCCAGCUUCACAGCGGAUGGCCCCAUCCAGAACAUUGUCACCUACAAGGAUCCAAGCGGAGCAGCUGCCCUCUUUGUGGCAGUGCGGAACAAGAUCUAUGUGGUGAGCCCGGCACUGGCAAACUCAUCAGUCAUCGUGACUGGCCCCAUGGGCAGUGCUCAGUGCGAGAUCUGUGCCCAGUGCCAGGAGCCAGGAGACAGCCGGAAGCCUGAAGACACAGAUAACGUGGUUCUGGUGAUGGACCCAUCUGAGCCAUGGCUAUACAGCUGUGGCACUUCCCAGCACGGCCGGUGCUUCCAACACGAAUUGGAAAUCCAAGACAGCCUGGUGGUGGUUAGUGCCACCUACUGUUUGUAUGCAGCUCAGAACAGUCCUGAUGAGUGCCCAGACUGCGUGGCCAGCCCCCUGGGGACGAGGGUCCUGGUGACUGAAACCAGCCGUGUUUCUUACUUCUACAUUGCCUCUACCAUCAAUAGCAGCAUAGCUGCAAGGUACAGCCCGAAAUCGGUGUCUAUCCGGAGACCGAAGGCCACUUUGGAUGGGUUCUUUAUUUCUGAUUCCCUCAGUGUGCUUCCGGAGUUCCAGGACUCCUACCCCAUUGACUAUGUGUAUUCCUUCAGUGCCCAGGACUUUGUGUACUUCCUGACUGUCCAAAAGGAGAGCCCCAAAUCUGGAUCAUACCACACGCGGCUGGUGCGGCUGAAAGCCAAGGAGCACAACAUGGGUUGGUACCGCGAGCUGGUCCUGGAUUGCCGCUUCGAGUCCAAGCGCAGACGGAGGCGGAGCUCGGAUGGGGAGCACAAGCACGAUGUGGCUUUCAAUGUGCUGCAGGCAGCCCAUGUGGCCCGGCCGGGCCCAAAGCUGGCCCAGGAAAUCAGCGUCAACGACAGUGACCUGGUCUUGUUUGGUGCGUUUGCUGAGAGUGAGGCGGAGAGCUCCGUGCCUCGCUGGUACUCGUCGGUGUGCGCCUUCCCCGUGCACCAGAUCAACCAGGCCAUUGAGGAUGGAAUGUCCAAGUGCUGUGGCGUUGCCCAGCGUGAGCUGCUGCGAGGGCUCAGCUUCUUCCAGGCCGUUGAGUACUGCCCCCACAACGUGAACCUCUCGUCUCCGGUGGUGGAUACCAGCUGCUGGAACAAGCCCACCCUGGUCAUCACAGCCCCCUACAAGGUGGAUCUGUUCAAUGGGAACAUGGUCGGAGUCCUGCUCACCUCCAUCUUUGUGAUGGCCCAGGGCAAUGUGACGGUCGCCCACCUGGGCACGGCAGAGGGGCGCAUUAUGCAGGUGGUGCUUCAGCGAUCCAGCUCCUACACCGUCACCUUGGCCAAUUUCUCCCUGGGCAAGGAGCUGCCGGUGCUGCGGGAGGUUGGCCUGCUGCAAGACUCUCUGCUUUUCGCCACUGGAAACAAGGUGUCUCAAGUCGCCAUCAUCGGCCCAGGCUGCCGCCACUUCCUGACUUGCCAGCGCUGCCUGCGGGCGGAGCGCUUCAUGCGGUGUGGCUGGUGCGGGGGCAAGUGCACUCGGCAGGUGGACUGCGCAGCACUAUGGACCGAGAAGAGCUGCCCUCCCAUCCUCACUGACUUCCACCCCCGAAGCGCCCCCUUGCAAGGCCGCACCCGGGUGACGCUCUGUGGGAUGGGCUUCCAGUCACGCCGGCACUUCACCGCCGCCGUCGGGUCCCCUGUGGCUGGCAGCACCUACCGGGUGAUGGUGGGGCAGAGGAACUGCACCAUGCUGCCUGAAGAGAGCCUGGACAGGAGGCCCCCCAUGCUGCCCCCCACCAAAGCCACUGUGGACGUGCUGGUGUGCGAGCUGGAGCUGAGCAGGAACCAGGUGAUGGCGGGGCCUGUCACGGUUCAGCUCACCAUCGAGGAGCAAACGAGGGACCCACCCUUCCACGUCAGUGGCUCCUCAUCCCUUGGUGGCUUCAUCUUUGUGGUGCCGAACGUCACUGCUGUCCACCCUGCGUACGGCCCGCUGGCCGGCGGGACCCAGCUCUCCAUCCGGGGCCGAAACCUGACUGUGGGCAGCAGCUGGAGGGUGACGCUCGGAGGGGCAGAGUGCCCCGUGGCAGGGCAGCAGAGCCCCACCGAGAUUCGCUGCACCAGCCCUGCAGCCAGCAACCUGCGUGCCGUCCCCGUGGCCCUGUGGAUCGACGGGGAGCAGUUCCCUGCCCCGGAGCCGUUCCAGUACCGCCCAGACCCCAUCCUCCAUGACAUCUCCCCCAACUGCACCUACGAGGGUUCGACCCUCACCAUCCAAGGCACCAGUCUGGACUCCGUGUAUUACCCCAGAAUCCAGUUUGUGGACACCAGUGUGGUGACGGAGGCCAAGGUGUGCACGGGGCUGCGCUCUCCCAAGCAGCUGGUGUGCCAGAGCCCAGCCUACCCCUUCGCUAACAGGGUGGAGAGCGCCCAUGGCAACCUGACCGUGCUGCUGGAUGGCUCCCCCGGGCACAAGGCUUUCCACCUGCACUACUACCCCAAGCCUCAGAUCCUGUCCUUCGAGCAUGACGACCACAAGUACCACCUCAAGUCUGGUGAUGACGAGAUCGAGAUCCAUCAAAUCGGGUUGGACGCACUGGUGGGCUGCAUGAGCAUCACCAUGACUGUGGCGGGCCAGGACUGCCACCCCAGCGUGCUGAAGAACGAGGUGACCUGCCGGAUCCCCAGGAACCUUAGCCUCCCCCUGGAUGGAGUCCCUGUGCAGAUCUGUGUGAAUGGUGCGUGCCAGUACCUGGGCUUGGUGGUGGCCACCAUCUCCCCAGACCCCCUGACGGGCAUCCUCCUGGGCAUCAUCACCACCUUUCUGUUCGGUUGCCUCCUGGUGUUCCUGGUGGUAAAAUACAGACGCAGGAAGGAGAUGGGGACCGAGAAUUUGGAGAUGAUGGUGAAUCCCAAUGGGAAUGCCCUCAGCUUUGCCCCGCUCCCCUCCUUCAUGGACUACAGGGAUGUGCAGGCAGCCACUCCUAGUGGUGGCUUUGGCAGCAGGCGCUUCCGAGAUGCCUCCUACACGAGCAGUAGCGAUGGCUCUACUGUGCCACUCGUGAGGAUGCCGUCCUGCUGCGUCGAAAACCUCCGUCCUGAGCUGCUGCAGGAGGUGAAGGACGUCCUGAUCCCAGAGGAGCGGCUGCUAACACACCGGGAUCGGGUUAUCGGCAAAGGGCAUUUUGGGAGCGUGUACCAUGGCACAUACAGAGAUCUGUCAGAGAGGGAGAUCCACUGCGCUGUCAAAUCCCUGAACCGAAUCACCGAUGUGGAGGAGGUGGAGGAGUUCCUGAAGGAGGGGAUUCUCAUGAAGAGCUUCCAUCACCCCCAUGUCCUGUCGCUGGUGGGUGUCUGCCUGCCACGCCAGGGAUUGCCCCUGGUCGUGCUGCCCUACAUGAAGCACGGAGACCUCCGACACUUCAUCCGCUCCAAGGAACGGAACCCGACGGUGAAGGACCUGAUAGGCUUCGGACUGCAGGUGGCACAGGGCAUGGACUAUCUGGCCCACAUGAAAUUUGUGCAUAGGGACCUGGCUGCCAGAAACUGCAUGUUGGACCAGACGUUCACAGUGAAGGUGGCGGAUUUUGGCCUGGCCCGGGAUGUCUUUGAUAAGGAGUAUUACAGUAUCCGGCAGCACCGCCAGGCCAAGCUGCCCGUCAAGUGGAUGGCGCUCGAGAGCCUGCAGAUCCAGAAAUUCACCACCAAGUCGGACGUGUGGUCCUUCGGAGUCCUCCUGUGGGAGCUGUUGACACGUGGGGCCCCACCGUACCCCGAGGUGGAUCCCUACGACAUAACGCACUACCUGCUGAGUGGCCGGCGCCUGCCGCAGCCUGAGUACUGCCCGGACUCGCUGUACGCAGUGAUGCUAAGCUGCUGGGCUCUGAGCCCCGAAGAGCGCCCCACCUUCUCCGCCCUGAUCAGGGAGUUGGAGUGCAUCAUGGCCUCCCUGAAGGGCGAGCACUACAUCAAUCUGAACAUCACCUACGUCAACCUGGAGCCUGGCCUGUCCAGCCCGUCAGUGCCUGGCUCCGAGGACGAUCUGGCCUCUAGUGAGGAGGAGGGUGAAGCAGCUGCCGCGUGCUAGGGGGUGCUGUCCACUCGUGUGGCACCAGGAAAGUAGUCAGAGCUAGCCAGGGAGACCUGGGCUGGGCAGCACGUCGGGGGCUGUGGCGACAUGAUGGGAGGUGGCACCAGCACCCAGCUGGGCUCCCAUUGGCAUUGCCUGCUUGGCGUGUUGGAACGGGGAUGCUGACCACUACCUGAUAUUCUACUUGAUAUUUAUUGUGUAGUGAAGAGACACAGCAACUAUUUUAAUACAAAGGAAACGUCAAAACCAACAAGUUCUGGGGCUUGAAUCACAAAGUUUUGGUUUGGGGGAAGCUUUGGAAUUCGGACUCUUUGUCCUGAUUUCAUGGGGGCUUGUCCAAAGUGGUGGAUGGAAAUUUGGCUCCCACACGGCACAGGGACAGCUGGGCCUGGCUGUCAUGCUAUGUCCUCAGCAGGGCGCAGGACUGCUGGCAACCCUCCCUCCCAGUGCCACGUGGGGUCUGCAUGGAGCCAGGGCCUCGGAGCAUCCUGUGACAGUCUGAGUAUAUGGGAAUUUGUACUGGUUCUAAGUCCAGUGCCCCACACGGCUGCUGGUGUUCUCUGGGCCGAGUGGCUAGGGGUGCAGCCAUAGGGGUUGGCACCAGUGGGGCACGCCCUGGUGCUGGAAAGCUCUCUGCCCACACUAUGGGCUAGGAGCCAGGACUGUGUGGGGUAGGGCCCUGAGGCACAGGGCAUGACCUCUCACACACAACCCUGACAGGAGUUACCUGCCUGCAUAGCCGGGUUCAUGGCCCUGCAUGCUCAGGGACCGGGCAUCCCUUCUGCUGUCCCACCCCCAUCCCAGCCCUGCCCUGGGGUGGUGGUACUCUCUGGGGCAGAGAGGAAUUCAGUAUCCAUGGCCAGUUCUUCCAUCCUGGCCCGGCCCCAGGGCUUGCCCUGAGAUUGUGGCAAUGGCCCCAAGGUGGCAGCGUGAGGGCAGGAGCUGUGGCAACACAGCGCUGAACAAAGGAGGGUGUCGGUGCUGUUGGAGCACACACACCCUCCACUUUCUAGGGCAGGUCCCUCAAAUGCCAGUGGUAUCCCAGUGGUGCCCAGAGAGGGGCCACAGCAGGGAAGCCAAGUCCCAGAGCUCGAGUUUCCCCUUCUGAGCUGGCCCUGCAGCCAGGGGCAAGCCGGCAGGGGUAAUAUCCCUAGGGAAUGCCAGCCUGGGACGACCCCUUGCUCAACACCUCUCCAGCCACUACAUGGGACCCACCUUCCCACAACACUGGGUUGGGGUUGCCUUCACAGGGGCAGGGAUCAGGCCCUAGAGAGAAAACUGGCCAGCCCAGCCCCUCUACCCACACACCUGGCAGCAGCCUGAUGUCAUGGCAAUGACGUAUCGCCCUCCUGCUGCUGGCACUCAGCCUCCUGGGCAGCCCCAGCCUGCUCUGGGUUUGCAUUGGCCUGUAGGGCAAGUGAGAGGGGCCCCAUCUCCAGAAGUGUGGGGCCGCGCUGGUUGAGGGGUGUUUCUAUUCCCACAGGCACAGGGAGGUGGACAGUGAGGACACUUGCUCUGCCCUGCAGCCCGUGCCCCAGCAGGGUCGCUCUUCAGCACCCAGCCUCCGUGCGGGGAGCGCUGGCCCCCUGCCCUGUCCCAGAGCACCCCCCACCCCCACUGGCCUGCUAUGAAUGUGAGGGAGAGAGAACUGUCCUGCAGUAACUCAGCAGCACCACUGGAGGGCAGCGGCACUGAAGGAUUGAAGGGACUGCCAGCUGUUCAGUGCAGGAGAUAGGCCAGCCGGACAGGGCCCAAGGGUGCUACCAGUCACCCCCUGGGCUCCUACCCAGCGCUAUGCCAGGGACUGGAACCCCCCAGGGCCAACCCAACGCUGUGCCAGGGACCAGAUCCCCAUGUUCUGGAGCCCUCAGCUGGUGCCACUGUCUCCCCACUGAGUGCCAGAUCCACCUGCAGCCCACUGCAGCACAGGAAGUGCCCCACCCUUCAAGUCAGGCCAUGCUGGGGGGCAGAGCCUGUGGCGAAGUGGUAUGUGCCACACGGUCCAUUGAUUCUCAGACUCUCCUGCAGCCUCGACUCUCGGAGCUGGCAUGAUGGGGCUGCCCCCAGCCAACACCCCAGUACUGGGUCCUGCAGCUAGCAGCCCCUGGUGCUGGGAACGCCAGGAAGCACCUAGGGUGACAGAUCUGCCCGGCUGGGCCAAAUCUGAGCAGCGCAGGGGCAGCCCGUGGCCAUGCUGUCUAGGGCAGCAGCUUUAUCCUGAGCUACCUCUGCCUGUUGCGCCAUCUGUGGCCCCUCUCAUCCCCAUGGCCAGGGCUCAGGUCUACAGGGGUUGGGGCAGAUGGGAAGAGUGGACAGCAGGGCCCCCACCUGCAGGAGUCUGUGCUCAGGGCAGAGCAGGAUAGACAAUCGGAGACAGGUUUGUGCCCAUACUCGCCCCCCUGCCCUCUCCUGGGAGGCCCCAGCUACCCUGUCAAUCGUUGGUGCUGUUGGCUUUUGGCUCAGGCAGUGUGCCAGCUGUUGGCAGCAUGGGGGUGCCCCUUGGGGUCAGCGUUGUGCCACCCAUUGCCAUUGUGGGAGGCUCAGUUUGGUGGUGGAGGAGGGGCCUGGCCAGAGUAGGGGGCCAAUGGGUCUGGCUAGGGUGCUAGCUGGCUGGCACAGGAGUAACAGCAUAUCUGGAGGGGACUGGCAAGAGUUGGGGGAGGGUGUGGGGCCUGGCUAGAGUGGA